AUGGAGAUUGAAGUAAAUUUAGAUAAGACGGAUAUAUGUGCGUCGGCGGAUUCCAAGAAAAACCUCCCCUUAAAAAACGGUCAAAGUAUUAAUGGCUGCAUAAAUUAUAAAUACUUGGGAGCCAAAAUUUCAAGGGAUGGCACUCUGGAUAAAGCCAUUAGGGACAGAAACGCUCAGGGAAGAAAGGCAAUCUCUAUGUUAAACGGCGUCUUGUGGGAUAGUAACAUCUCUAAAUCCAACAAACGUCAUAUAUACAGCACAAUAGUUAAAAGCAUCGUUUGCUAUGGCAGCGAGGUAUGGCAGCUAAAAGAUAAGACCGUGCGCUCCCUGGAAGCGACAGAAAUGGAUUUCUGGAGACGGGCCGCAGGUAAAUCCAGAAGAGAAAGAUACAGAAACAACAGAAUAACAAGAAAUUAUGGGGGUCAAUCGAACAAUAGCUGA